AUGCAUCCAAAGGAAACUGCCGAUCAGGCGCCAGCCGACAGUGCCAAUAUACAGCAACAGCACACCGACACCAACAUGCCAGCGGUGGAGCCAAUGCCGGAGAGACAACGCCCAUCGGAUGUAGUUGGAGAUGAAAUCAUCGUCUCUACUAAUGAUGACAGCGACGUCACAGAACCGGCCAAGAAAAAACACAAUAGUGUCAGUCCAACAACUCCACCCGCCAAGCCGAAGGAACCAGCUCCAAAAACUUCAUUGAGCAAGAGCGAUAGCGGUUCGGCAGACGAGUUGAAAUAUUCGAAUCUGCUGGUCGAAAUCGCCAACAUCAACCAUUCAGUUAAACAGCUUCUAACUGAUAUGGAUACGGUGAAAGAAGAUGUCAACAACACCAAGAACGCUGUCUCCAAGAUUGAAACAACAGCACUCAAUGCUGAAAAGCUUGAUGAAGUGUACGGGAUGAUACACGAGAUGCGUGGAAUCCUCUACGUCAUUGCUACGAAGGUGGAUGAAAUCCAUCGAGCGAAUGGAAUUUCCACCAUCAACGCCAACGUCGCCACACAAGGUGUAGCCGCAGCAGCUCCACUUAACGUCACUCCACCAUCAUCAGCAGCGGUCAAGCAGGUCACAAAGUUUUGCCACUUGUGCAAGAGAAACAACCAUGCCACUGAAAACUGCCUCAAGUUUUCUUGGUUCCUACCUCGCAGAGAGCAAGCCUUUAAACGUAGGAUGUGCAUCAGAUGUAUGGAAACCGGAGUACGCAACACAGCGAAUGUGCACGUCAACUGCAGCAUGGCUCACGUGGAGUGCCCUUAUUGCGCUGCUCUUUACAAUGAUCAGAAAGCGAAGUGUCACAACAUCACGUUCUGAUCUACCAAGUACAAAGAGCCACAAUACAAGCCACGAGCCAACAAACGCCCGUCGGACAAGCGUGAAGAAGCUGGAAGCCCAAACUAUGUU